UGGCGCUCGACCGGAAGUUCCGGUUGCUGUCUGUUUACAUUUUUAUUUAUUUAUUUUUAGACUCAUUUUAAUCUAACUUAUUAUUUUACAAUGAUCGGUACAUGUCGAUCAAUGUGUCCAGAUUCAGAAAUAUCUCUACGAGAGAGGGAAAAUUUGCUGCAUUAUUUUGAAGUAGCUGAAAAUCAUACAUCUCGUUGUCCGAGAGCAAAUAGAGGGAAAUGUGUGAAAGAGUAUAGAAGACCAACAGUAGGUAAACAAGAAGUAAAUCCUGGUGAAGUUAGACCACCAGAAGUUUUGGUGCAGACUGUCAACUACCUCAUACAAAGGAUAACCACACAGAACUGCCGUUGGUCAGAGAUUUAUGAUUUUGUUUUUGACCGACUACGAGCAGUACGUCAAGAUUUGGUUGUUCAAGACGUACAUGGUGCAGAGACUGUGUACAUACUCGAGAAAGCCGUGCGAUUUCAUAUUUAUUCAGACUACAGAUUAUGCAGGGAACAUAUUGCUGUGUUUGACGAGAAAAUCAACAGUCAGCACACGCAGGAGUGUCUUAAACGGCUAAUUAAUUUGUACAACGAGAAUUACGAUAUAUCAUGGCAAAAUCGGGUCGAGAUCGAGACCGUUUAUCUACUGUUUAACCUUGGCGAUAAUCAUGCAAUAGAUCAUUAUUACACGCUUGAUUACAGAUUAAGACACAGUCAUGAACUUAUGAGGGCAUACACAAUAAGCUGUGCUUUUAUACAUAAUAAUUGGGUGAAGCUAUUUAGAGAAUUCCGCAAAUUAAAAUCACCGGUAUAUUUAUGUGCUGUGCACAGACACCUGCCAUACAUACAGAGGAAUGCCUUGUUCACUAUGAAUGCAGGAUAUUCAAGUAAGAACCUCAAGUUUCCUCUGGAGAAGAUUAAACAACUUCUCCUCCUCAAUACAGAUACAGAGGCCCAGACGCUGGUCCAACAGUUUGGUAUAACGGUGGAGGGAACCUCGGCAAAAUUCUUGAAAACUGACUUUAAGGGUGAUGAAAAGAUUGAAAGAGUACACAGUGACUACAUCAAUGAUCGACUCCAACAGUGGAAUGUGGCUGACUUGAUACAUGGUGGUGUUGGUGUAGAGGGGGAUACAGACUUAAGUCAAAGUUUCGCAGAAAAGUGUCAGACUUGAAGAGCUCAAACAUCAAGAGGUGUGACAAGAGCAGCUCUGUUCGAGAGGAUAAUAAUCUAUGAUUGUGCUGAAUACCAUCAGCAUGCUUAGUUACCAGUUGAAGUAUGAAAUGUCUGUUACUAAGAGGUUAAGAUUGCGGGCUUUAAAAUUUCCGUGUACAUUAAAACCAAAUAAGGAAUAUCGACAUCGUUCAGGAGGGAGAGCUUUUGAAGUUGCUGUACAGUAGAUGGAUGUUUCUGUCCAGUAAACUUCUUUUUCAUUGACCUUUGUAUGCAUUGGUGUGAUUUGAAACCAAAUAUAAUGAAAAAGAAAAGAAAAACAAAACAAAUUAGCAUUAAACAAUGCCAGUUUUUGGCUUGUAAUGUGAUGGGUAUCAAUGCCUUUACAAAUUUACAUGUAGUUGAUGAUAAUCUUCUCUUAGCAUGUGUUUUGGGGUUCUUUUGCUAUUUGGUAACAGCUGUUUCCUUUGAUGGGUUGUGUAUGCUAGAGUGGUGUUUGGAUACUAAAAUAAUAAGACACAGUUGUUUCCCUUGAUGUUUGGAUACUUAAAUAAUUAGACACAGUUGUUUCCCUUGAUGGGUUAUGUAUGCCAGAGUGAUGUUUGGAUACUAAAAUAAUUAAACACAGUUGUUUCCCAUGAUGUGUUGUGUAUGUCAGAGUGAUGUUUGGAUACUAGAAUAAUUAAACACAGUUGUUUCCCUUGAUGUUUGGAUACUAAAAUAAUUAAACACAGUUGUUUCCCUUGAUGUUUGGAUGCUAAAAUAAUUAAACACAGUUGUUUCCCUUUAUGGGUUGUGUAUGUCAGAGUGAUUUUUGGAUACUAGAAUAAUUAAACACAGUUGUUUCCCUUGAUGUUUGGAUGCUAAAAUAAUUAAACACAGUUGUUUCCCUUAAUGGGUUGUGUAUGUCAGAGUGAUUUUUGGAUACUAGAAUAAUUAAACACAGUUGUUUCCCUUGAUGUUUGGAUACUAAAAUAAUUAAACACAGUUGUUUCCCUUGAUGGGUUAUGUAUGCCAGAGUGAUGUUUGGAUACUAAAAUAAUUGAACAUAGUUGCUUCCCUUGAUGUGUGUGUAAGACCAUAGGUUAAGGUUUUUGAUUCACUUGCUUCUCUAUAUGGAUGUCACUGUGUAUUCCACAGUGUUUGGAUACUUUUGAUUAACCUCAUACAGUUGUUUCUCUUGUUGAGUGUUAUAUUAAAAAAGGUUUGGAUAUUUAUGUAAUUUGGUAAAUUUACUUCCCUUGAUUGCCAAUGGGCUUUACCCAAAACUCCAUUUUUUCCAUGUUUGAUUCUAAAUAUUCAAAUAAUUGCUUUAACUGUACAGUGUGUGCAAUAUUAUUUUAUCAUCUUUAAUGAAUUACAAGGUAUUGAUUUUGACAGAUAUUUUUAACACUAUUGAAAAUGGAAAGAUGAAUUUUUGAAACCAUUUUAAAUGAAUUAAUUUUUUAAGACCAUAUGUAAUUAAUAGAUUUUUAAGGAAUAAGUUUUAAAAGCCAUUUGAAAUGGAAAGUUUUUUUUCCAUCUGUGAUAUUUAAUGAUUUAUAGUUUCUAUGUUUUAAACAUUAAUGAAAUAUUUUCUGUCUUAUAUUUUCAUACAUGUAAAUAUACUAUUGUAAAUAGAGAACAAUAGAAAGUUCACUUCUGUUGACAUGUGGUUAGCUGAGAAUUAUUAUCUCCCCUGUACACCAUUUUAAGGGUCAUUUCCAAUAUUAUGAUAUAGUAUCCAUUAUAUGCUUAAAGAUCCUGUAACUCAAUUUUUUAGCUCGACUAUUCGAUAAGAAUAAGUAGAGCUAUUGCAGGCACCCGAGCGUCGGCGUCCGCGUAACCACAUAUGUUAAAGUUUUUGUAAUAGUUCAAAUAUUUUCAAAGUCCAUUGACAUAUGGCUUUGAAACUUUGCACACUUGUUCACCAUCAUGACCCAACCUGUAGACAGGAGGAGGUAACUCUAUCAAGCAUUUUGACAGAUUUAUGCCCCUUUUUCAACUUAGAAUUUACGUUAAAGUUUUUGUAAUAGUUCAAAUAUUUUCAAAGUCCAUUGACUUAUGGCUUUGAAACUAUGCACACUUGUUCACAUCAAGAUCCCAACCUGUAGACAGGAGGAGGGAACUGUAUCAAGCAUUUUGACAGAAUUAUGCCCCUUUUUUGACUUUGAAUUUACGUUAAAGUUUUUGAAAUAGUUCAAAUAUUUUCAAAGUCCAUAGAUGUAUGGCUUUAAAACUUUGCACACUUGUUCACCAUCAUGACCCCAACCUGUAGACAUGAGGAGGUAAAUCUAUCAAGCAUUUUGACAGAAUUAUGCCCCUUUUUUGACUUAGAAUUUAUGUUAAAGUUUCUGUAAUACCUCAAAUAAUUUCAAAGUCCAUAGACAUAUGGCUUUGAAUCUUUGCACACUUGUUCACCAUCAUGACUCCAACCUGUAAACAGGAGGAGGUAACUGUAUCAAGCAUUUUUUUUACUAUCAAGCACUCAGAAUAGUCGAGCGUUGCUGUCCUUCCGACAGCUCUUGUUUUUUACUAUCAAGCACUAAGAAUAGUCGAGCGUUGCCUUCCUACCGACAGCUCUUGUUAUAGUUUUUUAUCAUAAAUAUCAAAUGAAGAUUUAUCAAUAUUGUAAGUUCCAUAAAGCAUUAUUUGUAAAGAUUAACAUUUCAUGUUAAUAAAGGGAGGUAAUUAGAAAUUUAUUUUCAAUAAAGUGUUAGUCAAAUUUUUUGAUAAGAAAUGAAUGCAUAUAUUUUAAUGAUUACAUAUAAUGUGGACCAAAUAUUUGCAGUACAUAUUUUACAUAUUCUUCCAUGUUUUAAAAUUGUUUUAUAAGCAUAAUUAUAUACAUGAAUAUUAAAUUUCUCUUAAGUGUAGUAACAACCUCAAUUACAACAAACAGGAUCUUUAAGAUAAGAUAAAAAUCUCUUAUAAAUCUAUCAUCUUCAGAAAAACUGAUGAAAAUCUUUUGAAUAUCGGUGCUAUAAUAAUAUUUUCCUUCAUAUGUUAAAAAGAAUUUGACAAGUCACGUGAAUCAGCUGUUUAUAUUGAUCUAUUCAUAUUUUGUUAAUUAUAUCAUAUAGAAUAUUAAUUGACCCCC